GUGAAUUUGUGGCCAGACUGGUAUCAGAAAGAACAGCUGGAACUUCGUUUAUUUUUCAAAGAGAAGAAAGCUGAAGCUACAAAGUCUCUGUGACUGGAUGUGAAUUGAGCAGCUAAGCAUCUUCCAUGUUGGAGUGACGGAGUGCAGCUCUCCCAGCAGCUGUUUCGCUGCUAUGGAUCAGUGUGAGGACAGAGAGGAGGGAGUCCCUCCCUCUAAAAGCUCUCUGUGUGGGGAACAUGACAGCCAGACCAAAGCUCAGAGGAAGCAGCAGCAGAGAGCAGACUCUCCUGAACCCAGCUUUGUGUCCAUGAAGAGUGACCGCUCUAUGCGUCCUCCUAUUAAGUUUAAAGGUGGACAAUCUGCUGAUGGAAGGAUGCAGCAGCACAGAGUGGACUCUCCUGAACACAGCUGUGUGUCAAUGAAGAGUGACGGAUCUAUGUGGAAUCCUAUUGACUUUAAUAUUGGACAAUCUACUGAUGGAAGAGUUCAGCAGCAGAGCUCAGAGGUUCCCAGUGAUCAGUCUGCACAGCAGCAUCAAACACACCUGGACUCCAUAUUUAUGCUGCUGGAGGAGAACAUCAUCACUUUUGUGAAAAACGAGCUUAAGAGAGUCCAGAGCAUUCUGAGUCCAGAUUGCCCAGAAUGCUUAGAGAGUCAGAGUGAGGAUGAGGAGGUGUUGGACGCUGAAGAGGAAGAACAGAGGAGGAGCAGCAGAGAGGCAUUUCUGAAGAUCACACUGCACUUCCUGAGGAAAAUGAAGCAGGAGGAGCUGGCUGAUUGUCUGCUGAGCAGAACUGCUGCGUGUCAACGUAAACUCAAGUCUAACCUGAAAAAGAAGUUCCAGUGUGUGUUUGAGGGGAUCGCUAAAGCAGGAAACCCAACCCUUCUGAAUCAGAUCUACACAGAGCUCUACAUCACAGAGGGAGGGACUGCAGAGGUCAAUGAUGAACAUGAGGUCAGACAGAUUGAAACAGCAUCCUGGAAACCAAACAGACCAGAAACAACAAUCAGACAAGAAGACAUUUUUAAAGCCUCACCUGGAAGAGAUGAACUAAUCAGAACAGUGAUGACAAAGGGAGUGGCUGGCAUUGGGAAAACAGUCUUAACACAAAAGUUCAGUCUGGACUGGGCUGAAGACAAAGCCAACCAGGACAUACAGUUCACAUUUCCAUUCACUUUCAGAGAGCUGAAUGUGCUGAAAGAGAAAAAGUACAGCUUGGUGGAACUUAUUCAUCACUUCUUUACUGAAACCAAAGAAGCAGGAAUCUGCAGGUUUGAAGAGUUCCAGGUUGUGUUCAUCUUUGACGGCCUGGAUGAGUGUCGACUUCCUCUGGACUUCCACAACAAUGAGAUCCUGACUGAUGUUACAAAGUCCACCUCAGUGGAUGUGCUGCUGACAAACCUCAUCAGGGGGAAACUGCUUCCCUCUGCUCGUCUCUGGAUAACCACACGACCUGCAGCAGCCAAUCAGAUCCCUCCUCAGUGUGUCGACAUGGUGACAGAGGUCAGAGGGUUCACUGAUCCACAGAAAGAGGAGUACUUCAGGAAGAGAUUCAGAGAUGAGGAGCAGGCCAGCACAAUCAUCUGCCACAUCAAGAAAUCACGAAGCCUCCACAUCAUGUGCCACAUGCCAGUCUUCUGUUGGAUCACUGCUACAGUUCUGGAGGAUGUGUUGAAAAACAGAAAGGGAGGAGAGAUGCCCAAGACCCUGACUGAGAUGUAUAUCCACUUCCUGGUGGUUCAGUCCAAACUGAGCAACAUCAAGUAUGAUGGAGGAGCUGAGACAGAUCCACUCUGGAGUCCAGAGAGUAGGAAGAUGAUUGAGUCUCUAGGAAAACUGGCUUUUGAGCAGCUGCAGAAAGGCAACCUGAUCUUCUAUGAAUCAGACCUGACAGAGUGUGGCAUCGAUAUCACAGCAGCCUCAAAGUACUCAGGAGUGUUCACACAGAUCUUUAAAGAGGAGAGAGGGCUGUACCAGGACAAGAUGUUCUGCUUUGUCCAUCUGAGCGUUCAGGAGUUUCUGGCUGCUCUUCAUGUGAAACUGAUAUUCAUCAACUCUGAAGUCAAUCUGCUGUCGGAAGAACAAACAACAUCCUGGCAGUCUGAAGUGUUCGGAGGCAAAUCAACACAUUUCUACCAGAGUGCUGUUGACGAGGCCUUACAGAGUCCAAAUGGACACCUGGACUUGUUCCUCCGCUUCCUCCUGGGUCUUUCACUGCAGACCAAUCAGACUCUCUUACGAGGUCUGCUGACACAGACAGGAAGUAGCUCGCAGACCAAUCAGAAAACAGUUGAAUACAUCAAGAAAAAGAUGAGUGAGAAUCUGUCUACAGAGAGAAGCAUCAAUCUGUUCCACUGUCUGAAUGAACUGAAUGAUUGUUCUCUAGUGGAGGAGAUCCAACAGUACCUGAGAUCAGGAAGUCUCUCUGCAGAUAAACUGUGUCCUGCUCAGAUGUCAGCUCUGGGCUUCAUCUUACUGUCAUCAGAAAAUGAUCUGGAAGUGUUUGACCUGAAGAAAUACUCUGCUUCAGAGAAGGCUCUUCUGAGUCUGUUGCCAGUGGUCAAAACCUCCAACAAAGCUCUGCUGAGUGGCUGUAACCUCUCAGAGAGAAGCUGUGCAGCUCUGUCCUCAGUUCUCAGCUCCCAGUCCUGUCGUCUGAGAGAGCUGGACAUGAGUAACAACAACCUGCAGGAUUCAGGAGUGGAGCUGUUGUCUGCUGGACUGGAGAGUUCAAACAGCAUAGUAGAAACUCUGAGGCUGAAUGGAAGUAACCUCUCAGAGAGAAGCUGUGCUGCUCUGUCCUCAGUUCUCAGCUCCCAGUCCUCUAGGCUGAGAAAGCUGGAUCUGAGUAACAAUGAUCUGCAGGAUUCAGGAGUGAAGCUGCUUUCUGCUGGACUGGAGAGUUCAAACAGCAUAGUGGAAACUCUGAGACCCUUCCUGUAGAAGUAGGGGCUGUUCUAAAGGGGAUCUGACUUCCAACAGGCCAGCCACCUCCUACGGGCGUGGUCCAGUGGCAGCCUAAAGCAGGUGAGAGCAAAGAAAGCAAAUAAGAGGAGACAGGGAAAAGAGAUAAAUAUUAAGAAUUUAAAAGGGAUAAAACAAACAAACAAAAAGAAAAAGAAAAUUCUGCUAAAAUUCUGCCCUGACCCAGCUGUCCUGACCCGGAUCCACCCUGGUGUCUAUUUGUCCUAUUUUGUUUUCUUUCUCUUUCUUUCUUCCUUUGGUUAAUACUUACCCUCCUUCCUUUUUUUGCUAUUCCUCCGCUCUAUAUUCAAACAAACACACACAUACAUACACACAACACACAACACACAUCUACAUACAUGCUUACUACAAUGAGAGAGCCUAAGCUAAACACGCUUUUUUUCUUUUUGCUUGCCUAUUAUAUUGUUGUUGUUAUUAUUUUUACUAUUUUACUUGUUUUUGUUUUUUGUCUUUUGUUUCUGCUUGUUUGAGUUUAAUUCUCCCUCUCAUACUGUGUCAUAUGUGUGUCCAUGUUGGACACCUGUGUUGCACAAAGAAUUGAUUGAAAUUCUUAUUCAGGCUGAGUGGCUGUAACCUCUCAAAGAGAAGCUGUGCAGCUCUGACCUCAGUUCUCAGCUCCCAGUCCUCUAGUCUGAGAAAGCUG